AUGUCUGAGAAAGGAUUUACUCAGCUUUCCCACCAUCUUUGAAAGUUCAAACAGAAUUUGAUGCAUGAUCAGCACAUUCAUGCCAGAGAGAGUUGUGUGUGUGAGCAGUAAUUCACUUCUUUUUUCCAGCAGCUGGGAUACCAGUGAGUUCACGUGUGACAGUAGGAGUUGGAUUCUGCCAUUAUUGCUUUGUUUUGGGGACUCUCAAUUCUCCACCAAUUCCCAUUCCCCUUCUUUCUGGUGGAUAAUGAAGGGCCCAUGCAGAUGGGUUUAAGUACAACUUGUUUCACAACUUUAAUAUUGAGCUGUCCGGCCCCAGUUUCCACCCAAUAACAGCAAAACAAAUCAGACAAGAAUAAUUUGAACUGUCAAUGGCGGGGCCUUUAUCCAGCAUUCCAUGCGGUGGAGAAUGUCCUUUAUUCACAUCACAAGAGACCAGUGCGCAGGCGCAGUGAUUAGCGCAUGCGCAUUGGGAGUAAUGGCAAUGGAGAGCAGCUUCUUUCUUGGAUCCGCAGUCGGUUAAGUGGGGGCAUGGGGAACGGCCGAGCAAAGGAAGCGGUGGAUCCGGGUACUAGAAGAGGAUUUGCAGAAAGGAAACUCAAAUCACAUCACAUCAAACUCUGACAGCCUCACUUGAUUCAUCAGGACCUGGAUGUUAUCAGCCUUUGAGUCUGCAGGCUCCAGCAGGAGACAUUAACAUUAAAAGCUGAAAUUGUUUCAGAGGGUAUUAGAAGGGGAGGAUUUGCAGUUAGGAAACUCAAACCAAACACCAGAUCAGAAUCUGAUGGAGUUGCCCAAUUUAUCGUAACCUGAAUAUCAUCAGAAUUUGGACAUGGAAGGAAAAAGCACUGUUCACAGUGGAGAGAAACCAUACACAUGUUCUGUUUGUGGACGAGGCUUCGAUCGAUCAUCUGACCUGUCAAAACAUAAAUGUAGUUACAAUAGGGAGAAGCCGUGGAAAUGUGGGGACUGUGGGAAGGGAUUCAAUUGCCCAUCUGACCUGGAAACACAUCGGCGUAUUCACACUGGGGAGAGGCCAUUCACCUGCUCUGAAUGUGGGAAGGGAUUCACCACCUCUUCCCACCUGCUGACUCACCAGCGAGUUCACACUGGAGAGAGGCCGUUCAGCUGCUCCGUGUGUGGGAAGGGAUUCACUCAGUCAACCCAUCUGCUGACACACAAGCGUACUCACACUGGGGAGAGGCCGUUCACCUGUUCAGUAUGUGGGAAGGGAUUCAGUGAUUCAUCCAACCUGUUGAUACAUCAGCGAUUUCACACUGGGGAGAGACCUUUCAACUGCUCCAAGUGUGGGAAGGGAUUUGCUCAGUCAUCCCAUGUGCUGAGACAUGAGAGAGUUCACACCGAGGAGAGACCUUUUAAAUGCCCAGACUGUGGGAAGUGCUAUAAGGGUUCCGGGGAACUGAUGUGCCAUCAACGUGUUCACACUGGGGAGAGACCAUUCAGGUGUUCUCACUGCGGGACUGGGUUCAGGGAAUCAUCUCAUCUCAUUGUACACCAGCGCACUCAUACUGGAGAGAGGCGGUUCUCAUGCUCUGAGUGUGGGAGGAGAUUCAAUCAUGCAUGCACCCUUCUGAGACACCAGCAAAUUCACACUGGGGAGAGACCAUUCACGUGCUCCAUGUGUGGGAAGAGAUUUGGUCGGUCAUCCACUCUGCUGAGACACCAGCAAGUUCACAAGUAACCACAGUUAUUGGAUUUUGCUGUUAAUCAUAUCCCAGACAGAGCCAUGUUCAUAGGGUCUGUUUUUGCUGAUGUCAAACUCUAGCCCAGUUAUGGUGGUGAAUAUUCAGGAUAAAAGUCAAAUAAAUCAGCUUUGUGUUAAA